AUGGAGGGCAAUCAGUCGACCUCGACACCGACUCGAUCCAUCUUUCAACUACUGAACUAUCACAAUGGCCUCGAAGAACUUCUCUUGAUGUACUGGUGGGUGAUUGUGCUCGGCAACCUCGUGCUCUUUGCGCUCGCGAAGCACUCACUCAUGUGCUGGGAGCUGCAUCGGGACAGGCGACGCUUGGAAUGCUGCUACAUGCGUCACUGUCGACGUCGUCGUGCGGCGUGCCAGUUGAAGAGUGCGACCGUAGAGCUUUCACUGAGCACGCACGCUGGGGAAGCUGCAAACACCACAAGCGACGCGCCAACAGCAACCUCGUCUUCAAGCAAAGAUCCAACCGAGGCAGGAGCAGCGGCACAGCACGCCGUUGACUGUAUCAGCACGAGCGAACUGAAGAAAACCUGGUUUCCUCUGUUGGUGCCGGCCGCGUCAAAGCCGGACGACGAUGCCUCGCCACCGAGGACAACGGAGCUGAUGGUAAAGGCCGCGGUAUGCCGAAAUCGCAGCAAGCAACAGGGAGCGACAGAGACAGUGCAUGAGAAAGACACCCGCCCGCCGUCCCUGCAGCUCCCACUCCCCUCCGCCACCUCUUCCGACAUCUCCUCGUCGCCACCGCCCUCGACAACGCAGGCGAGCACUUCGGCAACGACGCGGCUGCUGAACCGACUGGGCUUCAUAUCGCCUGAUCUUAACCAAACCAACGAUGAAAGAUUCGAUACUAGCCGAUACAGCAACAGCAGCACUGCGUCCUCGCGGCUGAGCAACUGCUGCCCCCGCUACAGCGAGGAUGAACAGCGCUUAAUUGAUAAGAAGCGGCAGGAAAAUGUACGUGCGUGGAUGGAGGCUAAGCGCGCAUUGGAGCUAACCGAGUCGCUCGCAGCAGGUUCCCGUGGCGUCCUACCGUUCUCGUCGGGCAAUGUGCGCGAGUUUCAGCCAUGUGAAAAAGGUGCGAUAGAGACGGAGCUCGUCUCUUGA